CCACGAGAGUGUGGGCUGAUGCAGAGAAGCUCCGGAGAGCGGCGUCAGGAUGGGGAGGGCGGGGCGAGUCUGUUUCCCACGUGGGGGCCCGGGAAGGUCUGAGGUGCAAGCGGCGAGGUGGUAGUUGGUCCCGCCGCCUCGCGUGUGGCGGGAAGGAGGGAAGCCAGGAAAUCAAGAGGAAGAUCGGAGCGAUGCUGAUCUCAGGAAGAACGACGAGACCUUCUUAGCCCUGGCUGAGCCACGGAGCUAACCCUGGACAGUGUCACUUGCUGGAGGAGGAGGACUGUGAGACCGCGACUGGGAGCCAGGUUGUAGCCACUUAUCUACAGCCGAGUGGCAGCCCAAAGCCCAGAAGCAAUAAGUGGCUGCAGGUCACAGACACAGUGAGGAUAUGAAUGUGGGGGUGAGCACCUCCUCUCCCCUCCCCCCACCCUCAGACACAAGCCUGGUCACAUCCACCUUCUCCCCCCUGGACUAUGUGGUCUUCGUCUUGCUGCUGGUUCUCUCCCUUGCCAUUGGGCUCUACCAUGCCUGUCGUGGCUGGGGCCGGCAUACCAUUGGUCAGCUGCUGAUGGCGGACCGCAAAAUGAGCUGCCUUCCUGUGGCGCUGUCCCUGCUGGCCACCUUCCAAUCAGCCGUGGCUAUCCUGGGUGUGCCGUCCGAGAUCUACCAAUUUGGGACCCAGUAUUGGUUCCUGGGCUGCUCCUAUUUCCUGGGGCUACUGAUCCCCGCACACGUCUUCAUCCCUAUAUUCUACCGCCUGCAUCUCACCAGUGCUUAUGAGUACCUGGAGCUCCGAUUCAAUAAAGCUGUGCGGGUUUGUGGGACCGUGACCUUCAUCUUUCAGAUGGUGAUCUACAUGGGGGUUGUGCUCUAUGCACCAUCAUUGGCCCUCAAUGCAGUGACUGGCUUUGAUCUGUGGCUAUCAGUGCUGACCCUAGGCAUUGUCUGUACCGUCUACACUGCUCUGGGUGGGCUGAAGGCAGUCAUCUGGACAGAUGUGUUCCAGACACUGGUCAUGUUCCUAGGGCAGCUGGCAGUUAUCGUCGUGGGGUCAGCCAAGGUGGGCGGCUUGGGGCGCGUGUGGGAUGUGGCUUCCCAGCACGGCCUCAUCUCUGGGAUCGAGCUGGAUCCGGACCCUUUUGUGCGGCACACUUUCUGGACCUUGGCCUUUGGGGGUGUCUUUAUGAUGCUCUCCUUAUAUGGAGUGAACCAGGCUCAGGUGCAGCGCUACCUCAGCUCCCGCACGGAGAAGGCUGCUGUGCUCUCCUGCUAUGCAGUCUUCCCUUGCCAGCAGGUGGUCCUCAGCAUGGGCUGCCUCAUUGGCCUGGUCAUGUUUGCCUACUACCAGGAAUAUCCCAUGAGCUCCCAGCAGGCCCAAGCAGCCCGUGACCAGUUUGUCCUGUAUUUUGUGAUGGAUCUCCUGAAAGGUCUGCCGGGCCUGCCUGGGCUUUUUGUUGCCUGCCUCUUCAGUGGCUCCCUCAGCACCAUAUCCUCUGCUUUUAAUUCAUUGGCAACUGUUACGAUGGAAGACCUGAUUCGACCCUGGUUCCCUCAGUUCUCUGAAGUCCAGGCCACUAUGCUUUCCAGAAUCAUUGCCUUUGGCUAUGGGCUACUUUGUCUAGGAAUGGCCUAUAUUUCCUCCCACAUGGGAUCCGUGCUUCAGGCAGCAAUCAGCAUCUUUGGCAUGGUUGGGGGGCCGCUGCUUGGACUCUUCUCCCUUGGGAUGUUCUUUCCUUGUGCUAACCCUCCUGGUGCCAUCGUGGGCCUGUUGGCUGGACUCAUCAUGGCCUUCUGGAUUGGCAUUGGGAGCAUAGUGACCAACAUGGGCUCCGGCAUGGCACCCUCUCCCACUAAUAGGUCCAGCUUUUCCCUGCCCAGCAAUCUGACUGCUGUCACCAUGACCACCCUGAUGCGCUCGACCACCCUCUCCAAGCCUGCAGGGCUGAAACGGCUCUAUUCCCUGUCGUAUUUAUGGUAUAGCGCGCACAACUCCACCACAGUCAUUGUGGUGGGCCUGAUUGUCAGUCUGCUCACUGGGGGAAUGCGGGGCCGGACCCUGAACCCUCGGACCAUUUACCCGGUGUUGCCAAGACUCCUUGCCCUCCUGCCCAUGUCCUGUCAGAAGCGACUUCACUGCAGAAGCUACAGCCAGGACCUCUCCGUGGACACUGCUAUGUUUCCAGAGAAGAUGAGUAAUGGGAUGCUGAGGGGCAGCUGUGACAAGGAGGCCAUGGCAGUGCCUGAGGAAGGCUCAGUGCACCAGGGGAACAGCCCCACCUUCGUCCUCCAGGAGACCUCACUGUGAUCUGGACUCAGGACCCAGGCCCAGAGGCUACCUUGUGGUACAGGGAUGAGUUACUUGAUGUGUUCUGCAGGGACUGUCAGGGACUGGAUGACCAGAUGACCUAGCUCUCCAGGCCCUACACCAAAGGACCUUGUUCUUAGGGGUUCCUGCUCCACUAGAAGCUGUCAUGUCACGGGAGGUGUAAGGGUAAGACUUGGUUUUUCCUUGUUCCUUGCCAGUCUGUUCUCUAGAGGACCAGACUUGCAGGAGGCAGGAUUUUGCCAGAACGGGAUAGAAGUGAGUCCUCUGAGAAAAGGAUAAUGGCUUCUGACUCAACAUGGCCAAGCUCCUUUGAAGUGAAUAGAAGCAGCAGUGCUGGUUCUAACUGCUCUGGGGCCCGAUUUGGCAAGAUUGACCAUUUCCACCAUAAAAUUCAAAGCUGCCUUGGCCAGCUGUUGCUUCCCUUUUAGUCCCAUCUAAGGACAGAUUCUGUCAGCCAUAAGGGCCCCUGUGACUACUUUGAGAUUGUCUGUGACACCCAGGCCCCUCUCAUCUGUCUACCUCCAUUCUUGAGAGGUUUUGGUGUCCCUGAGAUGCCUUGGAAUAGACAGGUACGUUCCUAUCCUUUAUGUAGAGUAGGGAAGCUUUAUGCCUCGCUGCCUCCACCCUCCACCUCUGUAAUGGCACUUGGGGAUGGGGCAAAUGUUGAUCCAAGAAACCAGGGCAUGACCAGGUCCACUGUGGAGUGCCCCAUCCAUCUGACUCCUGAGCCACACCAGCUUAGUGUCAUUUUGUCAUUCAUGCUUCCAUUUCCUUUUGAAGUUUCUUCCCACAUAUCUUUGUUCCUGGGGAAUAAAAACUCCCAUUGGACCUAGAA